AUGAGGAUGCAUCCAUCGCAUUUGAAGGGAGAAAGAUACCGAUUUCGCCGCUUCUCUGAAAACGGGCCCCCGGCAGAACUUGAACAGAUGGUGGCAGAACAACAGCUGAUUGUUCGCCAUUCUAAUGCAGAUUCUGUAGUUAACCUCAAUGUAGGGGGGAAAGAGUUUGUUACGCUCAGAUCAACUCUGCAGACUAAUCCCGUCUUGUAUGACCGAGUGCUGAAGGCCGAAAUCAACAAUGAGCUUGUCAAGGGUGCAGUCUUUGUCGAUAGGGACCCUACACACUUUGGUACCAUACUCCAGCAUUUGCGGAAUGUUGCAGACAGCAUUACAAUGGCUCAUGCUGCAAAGAAUCGGUUUAAUCCUUUCACUACUCCCAAGACCGAGGUCAACAUUCAAAUUCCUGGAGAUACUGCAAAACUGAGAGAGCUUUUUAUCGAAGCAAGAUAUUUCAAAAUCAAAGAGCUGGAAGCCGUCCUCUGUGGAUACGAUUGGUGGUCUUGGCUGGCAAGCUUGUUGAGUGGAGGGGCAACCAACCCGUUCCAUUCGGCAUUGCAAGCUGCGAAAAUCGCGCGAGGAACAUUGCUAACCACUAGUGGUUUGAGUGGUUUGGGUAUUUUGAUCGGCGCGCAAAGAAAACGUUCUUCAGAUAGCGAGGCAACUGCAGCCGCAAAGCCGCUCCUAGAAUCGAAGGCAUAG